UGGAAGGCUUGCUAGUUCCUAAAGCCACCUAUUCACCCACAGCCAGGGAUCUCCUGUCUAAUCGCUAACCAUGGAUAACCAUUCAUACAACUUCCCCUCAGACUGCACCCCACUCACCAACUGUAAGUCUGCCCGUAAGCCGGCUGGAUCCACCGUCGUGAACAUGGGCAAUGCUGGCAAGAAUCCUCCCCGGGACUAUCUAGUCUGGUCAUUGUGCAACACCUUGUACGUUAACUUCUGCUGCCUGGGCUUCAUGGCUCUCAUCUACUCCAUCAAGGCAAGGGACCAGAAGACUCAGGGCAACCUGCAGCUGGCCCAGGAGUGUUCAGACAAGGCCAAGUGGUACAACAUCCUGGCAGCUGGCUGGAACCUACUGAUUCCACUUCUGGCCGUCGUCCUGCUCGUCCUCCUGCUCAUCCACCUUGGCACAUCCCAGGGCUCCUUUGACUUCUUUGGAGAGGACGGUUUCCAAAACUUCGUGAAACUGUUUAGCUGGUAGAUUGAGUCGAAGGGAGAGAAAUAAAAAAAAAAAAACAGUUAGUCUCAAAGUCAACUAAGAAUUUUAGCUAGUCUAACCCAAGCAAUAAAGGUGGACUUGCUAAAAUCUGCUCAGCACUUAAAUGAUCCAAAUUGGUGAGAAAGAAAAGUAAGCCAUGGUUUGUCUAUUACAAGAAUAUCCUUGUUGGGAUGCAUCAUUACUAAUGCUGAUAUCAGAUUUUCGACCAAUAAAACACUAAAAUGUGACACCCAACCAGUAUCUGAUAGUUACAUAUAAAACAUAAUACUUUUGGACCAGCAAUGUCAAACUAAUGAUGAAAGUUUAGUUUUUAAAAAAUUGUAUAGAAAGUAUUGGUGCAUCCCUAAUUAUAAUGCCAGUAUUAGAGGGACCUCAGCUUACACCUGCCAGUCUCCCAGACAGUCAGUAGAGAUGUGAAGCUGAUCAAAGACUGAACAGCCUUAAAUGGAAAAAGAGGGGAACAAACAGAGUUAAGAAGGACUGAAUCCAGGCUGAGAGAUUGAGCAAGCAGCUACUCUGGGUCAAUUAUAUUGUUAUUUAUUGUAUUUAUGUGUUGAUGACAGGUGGAAAUAUCUCUAGGCAGGGUAGAAAGAGGAGAAAGAGCAGAGAGAACAGAGGACUGCGGAGCCAAAGUCUAAUUGUCACAAUGAUGAGAAGCCACUUGACAAAGGACAAUCAACAUUCACUCCCAUUGAUAGUCACAUUUUUCUUCUUUCAGCAGUUUAUCUGUUACAGCAUACAUACAUUUUUGGUGAUUAUUCAUGUUUUUUAUUAGCAUAUUGCUGUGUUAAGUAUUUUAGUGUUACAUCAUCUUAUUGCUGACCUCUUGUGAUUGAGUAAGAUUAAUAAAAUUUACCAGAUAUUGUUAACUCAGUAUUGUAUUGAAAAACAAACCAGCCUUCAUUUUCUGAUUAUAAUGCUUUUACUUGCUUUAUCAAAAAUCUACUAACAAUUUGCAGGUCUUUUUCAGAUCCCCCCUUAGCUAAUGAACACAGAGGUGAAGAGAUGUUCGUUCAAAUGGCUCUUGAGGUUCUUCUGCAGCACCUACACCCAGUUUUACUGUGAUAAUUUAGGGCUCCAUAGGUUUGAUUGUGGGUCGUGUCCGAGGGAACAGGCAAGGCAUGGUUGUUUUCAUCCCAGCUGUGAGCCUGCUGCUGUACCAUCUAUAUACAGAACAUCCCGUUUUAGGAAACUGUAAAAAUGUGCCGUCCAGGCAGACCACUACAGAGGAGUCAGCAGCAAUGUGGAGACUUGUUGCGAAACGAGAGGGCUUAUUACCAUGCAAUCUGCUUUCAGUCUGAAGAGGUAUUACAGAUUAAAUGAUG